AUGGAAGGGAUUGGUGUUAAGAUUAUCGAAUUCAUGGUUGGUUUGCGGCGGGGACGCCGCGGCAUUCCUCAGCAUCGAUGUGUUAUUUCUCACCGCCACCGCGGGUGUUCUUGUGUACCACCGGUUCAGAUUUGUUGUCUGGACUUUUAUUUAAUUUUUGUUGUUUCAAGAGAAAUAAAACCAAGGAAUGUUUAUGAUUUUCCACGCGAUGAAGAUGACUCAGAGCCAUAUCAACUAAAUGAGUUCAACAAUAACAAUAUAUAUAUGGCACCAUUAGAAACAUCAUUAUUGGACCAAAGAGAGGUUUUAAACCGAAAUGAUAUUGGUGGAACAAGCUUUGAACAUACUAUUAUCGAAGAAGAAGAGCUCAAAGUAUCAAAUGAUGCAAGUGACUAUGUUACUGAUGAUUACGAAUAUGAAUCUUUAAUAAAUGAGGAUGAAGACUCUAAUUCUGAAUAA